AAUCACACAAACAAAAAACCAAUUCUCUCUCACUUCUCUCUAAAAUCAAAAUACCAAAAAAUAGAAAAAAGGUUCAAGAAAGUGAGAAAGAUGAUGAAGAACACGUAGUAGAAAAAAUCCUCCAAACUUCCACGUUCUUUUCCGAUCACUCCUUUCCGACGCCGGCAGUAGCGCGAGUCACCACCAUCACCGAACACACUACUUUCUCCGACCGGCGGCCACUACGGAAACGCGGACGCGUCUCCUUCGUCUCUUCCAAUCGUGCGAUCUCCUCCUUCCGGUUUCCAACUCCGAUUCAAACUCCUCUUCGCGCUUCCGCACUCUAUCAAAAACAACAAAAUUUCCCCUCAGCCCUUUUGUUGAAACAGAAACAAACAAUUUCGUUUGGACUUUGGAGUGACACUCAACUCAAUCCACCGUACACCGGAAAAAGCUGCCGGAGUACCUCGUUCACCGCCAUAACAGUUAGAAGCUCCGCCACAAGGACUCUUAUCAUAUGGACAAUUUACGCCAGCAGAAAAUACAAAAGUAUGAAGAAUUUGUUGAUAAACGUUUGAAACCUGAUCUUCUUCAUGCUACUGCUCAGAGGGACACGGUCUUUGAACAGCAGAAAAUUUUUGCUGAUUUGCGAAAAAAUAUUGAAAACCUAGAGAAGAAUAGUGUAACCAGUCUGAGAACUAUGGUUAAUCUUGGGUCUGAGGUGUACGCGCAAGCAGAAGUGCCCAAUACACAACACAUAUUUGUGGACAUAGGUAUGGGAUUCCAUGUGGAGUUUACUUGGUCCGAAGCUUUAAAUUUCAUAGAGAAAAGGGAAGAAACGAUAGUCAGCAGGCAGAUAGAAGAGUACACUAAAUUAAUUGCUUCAAUCAAAGCUCAAAUUAAGCUGGUUUGUGAAGGGAUUCGAGAAUUACUUGAGUUUCCAGCUGAGAAACCCUCGCCACAACGGAUAUUUUGAUAUUUACGGAGUACAAACCAAAUCACUUAUUUCAGAAUUUGUCACCCCAUCGGCAAAGAAGGAAUGCGAUUAUGUUAAUUUUCUUUUGUUGGUAUUUAUCCUUUAUGAAAGAUUGCAUCUUUCUUUGGUCUUAGUUGUCUUUGUAAUUAAUUUUUGUUCAGUGUAGUUUAGUAUUUUGAUGACUAAACAUGAACAGAAACAUUAACCAAACACCCAUGUCCUUUUAUGAUUAUCUGUAGUUAAAAUUUGAAAAUUAACUUAUACUAUUAUUUUUGGUAAAAAAGUACAAAUGGGUCUAUUUACUA